AACUGAAACAGGUUUGAGGAGCUGUCGACGGCUGCAUGGAACCGUGUUAACAGUCUAGCAAACCCAAGUCUCUUUGGUCAAACGCAGGCUGAUCAACCCUGGAUUGUCACCUGUUUGGAGACUUUACACACUAACUCCGUCAAGGGGUUGUUGAGGUGAUGGAGGCAAAGGAACACUGGUUCUUGCAAGGAUUUCUGGUUAUUGCUAUGGUAAUAGCUCAAGGGCCAACUAUUAAAUGUCCUUCUAGUCCUCUGUGCUACAAGAAAACUGAAAGUGCUACCAUCUAUACAUGUGAAUGGGAGACACCUGAGUCUAUGAAGAAUGCAACCUAUGAGCUUUUUUAUAGCCGCUCCAAUUCCUCUGAAAGUAGAACAUCAUUGGGCAGUAGUAGGAAGAGCUGUAUCUGUGUGCAAGACAAUACAGUGCUCAACAAAGUGCUGGUGGAUAUAUGGGUGGUCGCUUACAUGGGCAACUGGAGCUGCCAGUCACGCAAUACCGCUGUUACACUUUCUGAAAGAGUUAAGUAUGAAGCUCCCCAACGUAUGUCUAUGGCAAGAUCCUCGAGCAAUCUUACCCUCAGCUGGGAUAACAAGAAAGAUGCUAUCAUAGAGGUCAAGUUCAGAAGACUAGAGGAAACCUCAGGGACAUGGAAGACAUUUAAGAAAGAAGUCAAACAAGCCAUGGUCACUCUGGAGAAUCUCCAGAACGAAUCUGUGUACCAACUACAGGUCAGACAAAUGUCCAAGCAUGUCAAACAUCCCCUGUGGAGCGACUGGACUCCAAUCCUGGACGUUCCCACUGAAAUCCCAAAUCCCCCAGAAGUUAACUGGACAGUAGAGGAUUUUAACAAUGGUACUCGACUACUCAAGCUGACUUGGGGUACACCACCUUAUCCAGUCUCUAUGCAGGUGAAUUACAACCUCUCUCUCCAUAUGUGGCCUUGUCUACUAAAGCGAAAGAACUUCACCAAUGUCACUACCACUGAGAUCAGUGUUUAUGUGACUUACUCUGCUGUCAGUGGUGACAUUAUUGCCUUUAAUAAAGUGGGAAAGUCAUCCCCGACACAUAUCCUUGUCCCAGCAAAACAUCUUACAUUUCCCAGCAAGUCUUGGCCUAAUGACAGACUCAUCCCACUCAAUUAUGCGCAUGGCUUUAUGAAAUCCUGCCUGGAGUGGUACAAGUCAACAGACGGAGAAACGCAACCAGAAAAAGUGAAUAGAUCAAAACUAAAUGGAACAGUGAAGAAAAAACUAAAACAUGUCAGAAAAAAGAUGGACGACUAUGUACGUUACUAUUACCUCGUUCACAAACAAACUGAUGGAAAGCCACAAUCAACAGAGAUGUGUCUCAUGUAUAAAAAGGAGGGUGCACCCAGUAAGGCACCUGAUCAUUUCACUGCUCCUAUUCUUUAUGUUACAACCAAUUCUGCAAUGCUGCAUUGGAAACCUAUUCCUGUGCCAGACCAGCGAGGUUUUCUUACACACUAUGAAGUCUGCUACACAAGGAGAAGCCAAAAAAAUGAGUCACACAUUGAAUCUGGUAAAUGUCACAAUAGCUUUGCAUCAAAAACAGAGUAUCUUGUUCAAAACCUGACACCUGGGACCAUCUACAACAUCCAUCUCGCUGGAGCAACAGCUGCAGGUUCAGGACCAACGACAACUAUCCAAAUCGUGACAAAGCCUCUACCCCAGUCCAUUAUUGGUUGGAUCAUAGCUGGCAUAAUUGUUUUAAUUGCAAUAUUAAUAACAGUAUGCUUGUUCAUCAUCAAGAGACAUAAAAAAAAGAUCUUCCCACCAAUACCACGUCCUGUGGUCGUAGAGUCGGUGAAUUAUCGAGCGAGGAAUCAGAACAUGUAUGAGGAGGAGGAGGUGCAUGAGCUGCAGCUACAUGACAACUGCAGCCAAGACCCCAACCCUGAGGAAGCCACUGUCCUGGAGGUGUCUGAGACAUACGAGUGUGAAGACACGGACGAGAAGUGCCUGGGAGACUCCAGCACCCCAGUCAGUGACCUGCUGAGCCCUGAUUACAAGGGCCAGGUGCUACGUCUAGAAACCCCUGAUUCAAGCCAAGGAGAGAUUGACUGUAUGGUCACCAUGUUGAUGUACAGGAACGGUCUGGUCUUUGAUAUGAAAGCAUACUCCACCGAGGAUGUCGGGAUCCCACUUUAGACAUCACUGCUGUAGCACUCGCUUGAAGCCUGUAAUUAUAAUGUAUGACCCCCUUAUUAUGGUGUAUUAUUAUGGUCACUUUCUAUUGGUCCUGACUAAAUAACAGCCAUUUUGAGUCAGUUGAGAGAAUUGACAUAUUAUAAUCCUUAGAAUAAUACAUUAUAAAGGUUUAUUCUUGUUUCUAACAAGUGCAUCCUUUAAGUAAAGCGUUAGCAAC